CUAAAAUCCCAUAUAAGGAAAGAAAACCUAGCUUGAAGAGAAAAUAAUUUCCAUGGCCAUAUCUAAUCCUCCUAGAGAAUAUGAUCAGGUCAAAGAAGCGAAGGAAUUUGAAGAUGCAAUGAUAGGAGUUAAGGGUCUUGUUGACUCUGGCAUCACAACCAUUCCAAGAUUCUUCAUACAACCACCUAAGAUUCUUUCUACCAUCAAACCCACUAAUAGACCGACUACCACCAUUGAGAUCCCUGUUAUUGAUCUUUCAGACAUCAAUAACAAUUUCUCCGGCAACGACGCACGAGCUCGAAUCGUCGAAGAAAUCCGAGGAGCAUCUCGUACAAGGGGUAUAUUCUACAUCAUCAACCAUGGUAUUCAAGAUUUUAUUCUUGAUAAUAUGAUCAUGGCUGCGAAAUCAUUCCAUGAGCAAUCAACUGAGCUAAGGGCACAAUACUACCAAGGAAAGCUAGGAAGUAAUGCUGUGUUCAUGACCACUUACAACUUCAGGGUACCCACUGGAGCUACUUGGAGGGACUCACUACAGGUGAAUUGGACACCAAACCCACCUGAGUUUGAACAGAUUCCGGCAGUCUGUCGUGAAGAGAUGGUAGUAAUGGAUGAACAUAUGAAGCAACUAGGGAAUACCCUAAUGGAGCUUUUUAGUGAAGGAUUAGGUGUGAGUCAUGAGAGGUUGAAAGAGUAUAUGGAAGAUAGACUUAUGUUGACACAUUAUUACCCAUAUUGUCCUCAACCAGACCUGACUUUGGGAACACAUCCUCAUACAGAUUCUACAGUUUUGACUGUGUUGCUGCACAACCAGAUUGAUAGGUUUCAAGUGGAGUGUGGGAAGGAGUGGGUUCAUAUCAUGCCCUUACCAGGUGCCCUCUUGGUUAAUAUUGGAGAUAUCCUUCAGGUCCUUUCAAAUGAUGAGUACAAGUCUUCUCGACACCGAGUAUUGGCUAACAGUUCUCAAGACCCAGGGAUCACUGUUGCCUUCUUCUUCUUAUCAUCUAACAUAUCAAAACUUUGCUGUCCAUUCCCGGAGUUACUGUCACCAGAGAAACCAGCAAUUUAUAGGAGUUUCAAAAUGCAUGAACACAAACAGGCACGCUACAAUAUUCAACUGGAGGAUGAACCAAGAACAGCUUUAAGCUAUUUCAAGCUGUGA